GUUUUACGAAAGGGAAAAAAGUAGCGUUGCCUAACAGCACUUAGCGGAAGACGCCAACGCUACAUCCCAGGCACCAAUUUUUUAGAUUUUUUAAAAAUUUCAGCACACAGAGAAGCGUCAUCACAAAAGACCGAUAGAGACAAAUCAUAUGGCCAAAAAACACCGUGUAAAUCGGGCGAAGCGUGUUCAGCACCUUAUUCGUCUGGAGAAGGAGCGGGACGCCUAUUUAGCCAAGCGAACGCGCCCUAAGCGUCUCCGGGACGAAGCGAAUGAGGAGGCGGAGAAAGCUCCGAUGGGCAUUUGCACUAGGAGCAGUGAUCCGCAAGCAUCUCAAAUUCAGCACAAAAAGCACCGUGCCGAGGCCGGUGAGCUCACCCAUCAGAAGAAUGACAUAGCGCAUGUCGAGAAGGGUGCCGCAAUGCGCUCGACAGCCUCAAAAGCGGAGGCCUCUAGCGAAGCCAUCGCGCCUGGAAGUAAAACAGCUACCAAAUCCAAAAAGGUAGCCCGAAGGUAUUGAUCCAGUAAUCCCCCUGACGGUAUUAUGAAAAGGGUAACGGAAACGCUUUAAGUAAUCCAUAUAACUCUUCAAUUUUGAUUAUUAAAAAAAUAAAAAAAUAAAAAGGUGUUCUCCUACGAUUGCGAUUAUGGAUACUUUUAGAAGUAACGCUUACUCC